UUUUUUUUGGUGGGGGGGUUGGGGGCUGAUUUCCACGGAACUUCCCUUGGUUUACGUCAACGCCACUGCGUGUGUUGUUUUGACGGAUACUUUGCUGUUUCCAGCUUCACGCAAUAAAACAGUGUCAUAUGCUGCUCUUCCUUACUUCUUUACCUCUCUGGAGAGCGUAACACACUCUCUCUCCAGGAUGAAGCCGUCACUUUUUCUGCACUUUUGCAACUGACUACUACUCCGCUAUCGCAGUUCAGAUAGAGUUCUCGGGAAGGAGCUGAAACCGAGCCCGUGCCAAUCCCACCGGUUUGAUUAACUGCCCCUGAACUAUCAUCUUUCAGCUAUAACAUGGGGAUGUUCCUGCAUCUGCUGAUUUUGCAAUACUAUAUCCUCUUAAGUUUUGUGUGCAAUGCCGUCGCUUUUGUGGAGGAGCCCUCCGAAGGCAGGUCAGACGGAUACUGCGGGCGGAUCCUUCGGGCGCAAACUCAGGGGACCAGGAGAGAUGGCCACCAUGAAUUCAGGCUCAGUGUCGAGGGGGGCCCUGAAACCUACCAGCCCGGUCACAAGUACAGAGGUAGAGUCUUUAUUUUCUGGUCCUGCGCAUAUGCCCAAAUUCGCCAGAGCUGGUUCUGUCUGAAUGACAGAGAGGUAACUGCAGCUGUGCAGAACACAUUUGGGAAAGUAAGGCUACUUAAUGCUAUGAUAUUUGACCUAUAUUUUCCUCAGCUCUCUGCAAGCAACAGGUCACAUACACGAAGAUCCGGCUCCUUUUUAGCCACAAGUUUGAUUUCCUCAUUUUUCUUUGUGGUUUGGUUUUAUAAAGAAAUAUUUAGACAGGCACACAAAGAUAGUUUGUAGGGAACCUAACUGUUCCUGACAAAAUACAGAAAAAUCUACACUCUUGUCUAAAUAUUAUAACUUAUAGUUAACCUAUAACCUAUAGUGAUGGGGUCAUUCUACAAUAACAAGGACCCUGCAAGCUGUUGUUUUUCUCAUAUGCUUUAUCACAAACCCCAGUUCCAGUGAAAUGGGAACGUUGUGGAAAGUGUGACAAAAAGCAGACUUGCAAAUCCCUGAAUACACCACAAAGACAAGGUGUUACACAUUCAAACUGAUAAACCUUAUUAUUUAUCAUCAUUUUUAGUUUGAUGCCUUAGUUGAGCCAUAAAAGCUGGGGCAGGAACUGGCUGCAUAAUGUGUCACACAUUAUCAGUGGGAGACAGGUCUGGACUGCAGGUGGGUCAGUCUAGUACCUGCACUCUUCUGAAUUCACGCUGUUGUAACUCAGUGUGUCUUGUUGUCUGGCUAAAAUAAUCAGGAACGUCCCUGAAAAAGACGUUGCUUGGAUGGCAGCAUAUGUUUCUCCUAAACCUGUGUGUACCUUUCAGCAUAAAUGGAGGCUUCACAGGUGUGACAGUUAGCCAUUGACACCAACACACCCCCAGACCAUCACAGAUGCUGGCUUUGAACUUUGACCUGAGAACAGUCCGGAUGGUCCUUUUCCUCUUAAGCAUGGAGGACCCCACGUUCAUGAUUUCCAAAAGCAACACACGGGUCAAACAUGGGAGCUAAAUAAGAUAGCAUCCACUUGUCCUUAUUCGGCUCCUUUCUCUGACCUGUUCCCAUCAUGGCGACUCCUGCAUGAGUUAUGCUAUGUUAUGGUCCAGUAUAAGAUUCUAAGACUCUAUUUAAAGCCUUCAGUCUUUCACAUUAUGCACAUUGCCCAAAAGCUAUCCUGAGUGUUUCUUAGACAUCACCUGACAUGGCUCUGGUGUGUCAGUGUAGAGCCUGUACCUCUUUUCUGCUUAUUGUCUCUGUGACUUUACACACAAUCUCUCUUUCUUCUAGUGGUCCUCCUGGCAACCAGCCCUGCUUACUUCAGAGGUUUCACUCUAAUUGCACUCAAAGAAGGGAGAGAAGGAACCACUGAUGACGACUAUGCAGGCCAAUUCCAGGUAAAGACAGGCAGACGUGUGGAAGAAUUAACAGACUGGUGCAAAUUAAUCAAUUUAGUGACUUUGCUAUUUUCUGAUAUUGAGGUUCAAGGCAACGCUGCUGACAGAUGCAGCACAGAACCCCUGGAUGAACCUGGAAAACUGAUCUCUUUAAGGGUGGACAAAAAAUAGAUUUUGGUUACUGCUUUGCUGGAAGUCCCUGGGGUAGAAAAGUUAAACUUAAAAAAGACAGAUGUAAAGUAUAGAGAUUUACUAAGAGAUUUAGAAAGAACACAACAAAGGGAUUCAAGACUUUUGGUCCACUUGUUUACUUCUGAUGAUUCAUCAGUGCUAUGAGCUGGAUUUGAAUAUUAGAAUACAGAAAAAGCUUUUAGAUAUUAACAACUAAAUAACAUUAUGGCCCAAAAGCAAAAAAAGAUGAGAGGAUUGUUGUUGUGCCAUGAGGCAAAAGAUUAAUUGGAUACACAAGCAACAUACGUUUUCAGUUUCCAGUGAGCAUAAAAUGUUUUGAAAAUCAAAAAAUCCUGAACUUGUAACAUUUUUGUUGCUCUUUCAUGAAACACAUGAGAAUAUGGUGCAUGAAUCAAUUCAACGAAAACAACAAUAAAGUACAGAAACUUCUGUGUACUUACUCUUAAAAUCAGGGGAAAUCAAUAAAGCAAUAAACCACUGCUCAUAAAGCAGCUUGUUGUAUGAAAAAGAACUUAACAGAGAAACCCUGUUUUCUGAUUCACUGUAGGAUCUCAGUAUUGUCUACUGUGAAGCAAUUUCCAGUCAUCCUUUCUAUUCAGUGCCAGCAGCACUAACCUGCAUUAUCAGUUUGGUUUAACAACAACUAAAACAUAUCAGCUAUGUCUAAUGUGCCGUACCCCGCUCUUUAAAUGGCUUAAAUUCUCAAUACCAGAAUCCAAACAGAGUAUAUUGUUAGACUGAGGGCAGGUAAUAGGCAGUGUGAAAAAACUAGAAGAGUGUGAGCAGAUGUCUACACAAAAUUAAAGUUGACAAUCUGAUUUUGCAGUUUUAUUAAAUAUCUCACACUUACUAUGUAGUGGGGGUGGGAGAAAAAAUUGAUACAGCAUAGUAUCACAAUAUUUUUUCUGUUGAUAUAUCGUAUCAUCACAUUUAUCAAAUGAAUUGCUAAUAUGAAGUCAAUUCUAUGAGUAGUUUGUUUUAAACUAGAUACUUCAUGUAUGACUCAUCAUUGCACUCAGAUCUAGCUAGGUCAGUGGUUUUUGCAUUCAGUAAUUUGUGAACUUGACAGAAAUAAGAGUCAGAAGAACUUUUGGUAGAAUUUGAUGUCUGUGUGUAAGGUGUGAAAGAGAAGAGGAGGCAUGGCAAGUCUUUUGUCUGGCUUUUUAUUAAGAUGAACUCGAUACAAUGAUCUGUGUAAAGUUUGUCAUUAUCAGAGAUAUUGGAGUAUUCGUACUUAUAGAAAAGAAAAAACUUUAUAACCCAAUUCUAACCUCUAAGUAUGAAGGUAGGAGGCUGUUUUUUGCACAGUCACUAUUACUGUGCAGGAGGAUAACAACUGAAUCAAUCCCGUUGUGGUUCCUCAUAUGGCUGCUCUCUCCUUGGUCUCUGGAAUGAAGUUGUUUUUGGCAGUUGUCCUGGAAUGUGCCCGCCUGCUGUUUCACUAAAACAUCACAUCUCAAAGCUGCUGUCCAUUUUUCUCUUUUGUAGUAAUGGUAAACAAGGUUAACAUAGUUUGCAACUUUUCAGUUUCCUUGCAGCCCAAAGCACUUUACACGAUAUGCUAAUUACACACAUUCAUUCAUACACUGAAGGCAGAGACUUAAGAAGCAAGGAACAGCCUUUGGAGGCAAGUCACAGUUCAAUGUCUUUCCUAAAGGACUUUUGUCUUGGUGUUUUAGACCUUAGAGGUGUAUAUUUGUGUGUGAUCAGCUGUAUCCAACCCAGUUUGCAGACGGCUUCCUCUUAGUGCCUAUGUACAUCGAUUAAACAUGGGGGUGUACGUGACGAUCUGCAUGUGUGUUUUUCCCAGCCUUUCUUGUAUGGGUGUGGGACCUGCCUCAUACUUAUCUUGGCCAGAAUUGUGUUAUUGCUCUGGGAGACAAGCAGAGCUUGUUUGGAUAAGUGAAGGGAUGAGCAGACAUGAGAUAAAAUCUUUUUGUCCUUGUACAGAUUAGCUAGGAAUCUGCAUCAGAGAACCGCACUGAAACACUUCACAGCAUAAAAACUAAGCUCGACGGCACUUAUAUCCUUCUAUUUGCUAGAUUGUUAGCUUAGUUUUUGCAAGUACUUCCCUAAAACAUGGUAAACAGAGUGAACAUACUGCAAGAGCGACAAGAAAACAACAAACCCAAAUAUUACACAACACAUUGCUUAAUCUUGUCUAAUAUAAAGAUUAGAGAGCCUAUUUUUGCAUCCCAUCAGGUAUCGUAAAUAUAAAAAACACACUUUUAAAGAGCAUUUUUCAGAUCAGUCCAGAGUAAUAGAUGACACUUACUAUUAACAUGACUGUUGUUAUAAUUCAUAGAACUAGUACCACAACCUUGCUAGCUUUAAUGGACAUUUCUCAAAUUUAAUAAAACUACAAAAAAGGUUAUAAAGUAUCUUUAUUAAUAAAAGAAAUGAAACCUAUACAAACCUUAUACUUCAACCAGCCAGGUGCUUAAUGAAUAAAAAGGACCUUUCUGAUUUAUUGUUAAUUGAAAACUAAUGCCUUUGAGCAGUCUUCUACCUUCCUAGGAAUAGUUAUUUCUCUUUCUAAUCUGUAUAUUAGUGCUGUUAACUUAAAGCCCCUGUGGGGAGUUUUUUGACAUCACUCAGACUAAACUUCAUAUUAGUGUCUUUAUAUAAUAUACAAAAACAAACAAGACCAUCAGCAACAACACAGACUGGUUUUAGUUUAUGACUUUGAAUGCCUGAAAGUGGUGUGAGGGGGUAGGUGUCAGCCAAGCCCCUUAAAAACAGUCCAGUUUUUGUUUGUUCCACAAAAUAUAUUCAAAUUAUAUAGUACAUUAGGUGGCCAAAAUUCAGCUAGAUUAGAUUUUUUUGCAAGAAGGAACAACUGAAGCAUAUAAAUGAUAAGAUCAGCAAAGACUCUUGCCUGGAGGGGUAACCAAAAUUGGCAAAAACCCAAAGUUCUUCACAGCAGCUUUAAGAAAAUGAUCACUCAGUUUAAGAAAAUACUUUCAACAUGGAAUGAGUAUUAACUUUAUUACUCUGGUCAUUUCCACUUCCACUUUUGAAUUAUGAGUGAUUUACAUAACAAUAUGGGAUUUAUAAACAUGGACAAUUUCCUGAAAACUGAACGCAAACACUUAAAAUCUAAUAAAAUUAUUUAUGGGUCUGUCAGGCUGUCCAUAAUUACAACUCUUAAUACUGAGGAGGAAAUGUGGUGUAAAUAGAGGUAGACAGUCUUAUUUCCACAGGAAGAUAAUUCCACAGCUUCGGUGCCCAAAAGGAAAAAGCUUGCUCACCCACAGUCCUUUUCUUGACCUUAGGUACAAACCAAAAGGCCAGUCCCCUGUGUACAGAGGAUACAGGGAGAUACUAUAUGGAUCAAGAUCUUCUUGAUAAGAAGGUGCAAGUCUAAUGUAGAGAGACCAGAACCAAAUUAAUAUGCUCAUAUUUCCCUGUACUUGUCAGGACACGGGCAGCAGCGUUUUACAUCAUCUGCAAGACCUGAAAACUUUUCUUCUGCAGUCCUGACAGAAGCGCAUUACAAUAGCCCAGCCGAGAUGUCACAAAUGCAUAAGUGAGGACUUCUGCAUCUCUGUCAGACAGGAGUGGUCUAAUCUAAGUUAUCCUCCUAAGAUGAAAAAAUGCCACAAUCAUGAUGUCAUGAUCAAUAUUCAUUCUUCUAUGAAACUUAUGCACAAUGGAACUUUUUAAUAACAUGCAGCUGGAACUAAUAUGUGAGGGUGCCACAUAUUCACUGAAUUAACAAUCAAGCUCUGACAGGACUGAGAGUGUGAUGGACCCAAUCAUAUGUUUGCUCCAAUGAUGGAAAAUAAGGGUUUCACACUCCUUUUUAGAAGAUAAACCAGCAACAAGAAUCAAGAAUUCAAGAGAUGAGCUGUGCACUCUGUCUUUCUCAGCAAAGAUAAUAUGGUGUAGGCAGAAGAAUUUUAAAAGUACUGUUAUUCACUGACCAAUGAUGCGUGAGGUACAUAGUGUAAUAAAUAGUUUACAGCAAUGUAAUUAAAUCCUACAUUAUUUUGUUUUUAGAUUAUUGAUGAAGAAGACACACAGUUCAUGAUAAACUGUGCCCCUGCUGUGACGGAAAGUACCCCUCGGAGACGCACAAGAAUACAGGUCUUCUGGACAGCACCUCCAACUGGGUCUGGCUGUGUUAUAUUAAAGUAAGUUUUAUUUCAUAUACCAGCUUUUGAUUUAAACCAAACUUUUGAGUAACUUAAUUUGAAAGCAACAACAGUAACACUGGCUGUGACAGAGAGAUGACUGUUCACUCACUCAGGCUAUGAAUCUUAUAAAGUUAUUUUUCAUGCAUUGAAAUUUGAGAAAAUCAAUCUAAAAUCUUAUAGUGACGAACCCUGCAGGCGCUGUUUACACCUUUUUAAACACAGGCUUGGUUAAAUCUUAGAAAAGGGGAUACCAUUCAACCACAGGGCUCUUCGGGCUUGUAGGGCAGAAGAGAUACUGGAUGUGUUUUGGUAUAUCAGGAUUGGCAUGAAUCAAACAUGAAACUAUUUUCAUCUGAGGUUGAGACAUCAAUUGAGAGAGAGUUUUGUCUUUUUGCUCCUGUUCUUAGUACAAUGAUCUUGAACAAUACCACCAUUGAUUGAAAUCAACAUCCGUCAAAAGCCGAUAAGCAAACUUGGGGCCCUCCAAAAUGCACACACACGCACACACACAGACACGUACCGAGCUGUGCCUGUAGAUCCCGUCCAUUGGAAUACAAAAUAGAGUAGCCUUGGUGGGGGCCAACUUCUGCUUGGAAUGUGUUUACUUUAUGAGGGGACGGUGAAACAGCUCUUUGGUUUUGUAAGGGUAAAGGGAUGGCUCAUUGUAACACAACACUCCAAGGGGAUCUCCAGGGGACAUAGUCAAUAUACAGACAAGAUUACGCCCCCAGCAACUUUGCAUUUAUUCUGAGGCUUUAUAGUGUUAAGUGGUGAGUGCUAUUCGUUUUUCACUACACAUUUUUUCCUUUUAAAAAAAACUAUAAAAUCUAUAAAAAACAAAAAAUGUGGAGUGACAUUUAUUCAGAGAACUUUGCUAACUUUGACCUUUGCCAAGGUCACUGAGGUAGUUACAAGUAGGUCAGGCUUUCUCUGGAUCUGCAGACAGCCUUUAUGACAGAGGAUGUGUUAGGUUUAGGAGUUCUUUGCGGUUUUCCUGCCUAUCACCAAAUGUUAUUUCGAGUCUUGUUCAGUCUCCCCUGCAACCCGAUCCAACUCACAGCCAGGUGGUAAUCAGUUGAUAGCUCAUCACCAGUAGGGAUCAAACCUCUGUAGAGAGAUAUAUCUAUUUUUAUGUGGAAUCAGGAAGCUUAAUGUUGUAAUGUAAAGAGAGGACCCCUUUUUGGACUUGAUGAAACAUCUAUCAAACAAGAUAGACCUAUGAGGUAAAAAAAGACACUACUUCCAAGUGGAUUCCAUUCAGCGAGAACACAAAAUUCAAAGGAAAAACAAAUAAAUAUAAAUGUAAGGAAACUGUUUUUGGUGUGGUUUGGUCCCAACUACAGCAUACAAUAUAACAGGGAUUGCAGAUAGUACCUUGUGCCUGUGACUCAGCUGGUAAGUAGGGUGGGUGAUGAAUGGACUGUGUUGAGGGAAGGUUUUAGGGUGUCAAUGGGAAGAUGUCAACAAAAAAUAGUCACAUAUAGACGCAAUGAUGGAUGUGGCAACACUAAGCCACUGCAAAACCACAAGAAAGAAGUCAGGAAUCCCAGAAAACAAGGAGGAAGACAUGUACGAGGAAUGCCAAGGCAGAAUUUGGAGUCAGGGAAACAAGACGAAGGAGUUUUCUGGAAUUACAACAAGGCAGGUCAGGUCAGGCGCAGGCAGGGUUGGGAACCAGUCCAAAUAAGAGAAAGUCUUUGAUGAAGCUGGGGAAGAAUCUGGCAGAGGGUGUGAACUGAAGAGGUGCUAGUAUUGACUUGAUACAGAUGAGGAGCAACUGUGAGUUCAGUUGUGCUGAGUGAGCUGGUGAGGGGUGUGGCUGCUAGAAAAAGGGGUACACAUGGGUGAAUGGAAAAAUACUAAGAAGGGGCAGGCCCAGCAGAAGAGCAGAACUGUGGCUGAAAUAACACAAGAGGAGACACACGGAAAACACAGGCAAGAUAGAUAAAACAUGCUGGUACAGUAAGGAAGGAACUCAGACUAAACACACACUGGGCAAUGAGGAACAGGUGAUACUAAUAAGAUCCAAACAAGGUGUGGGCGGGCACACAAUCGAAGGUGGGCAACACACAAAGGACAAAAAGCAUUACAAGACAUAAAAUAUAUGGAAAAAAAAAAACCACAGGAAAUGAUACCGGAAAAAAUCGGUGUUAAACAACUGUAAUACAUAAUAUUUGUCCUCAAUUAGAAUUGAAACUUGAUGUUUUUAUGGUUCUACUUUUCAAAGAACUGCUCCAGUUAAGCUCAACCGAUGCCAGUGGCAAGAAAAGCAGCUUUUUUAUUUUUCAGUGGCUGAUUUCAGAGUGAUGUGUGGUUAGAAAGAAAAUGAAAGUGAUUAUAUCCAGUGGUGAGAAAAAGUGUUUGCCCCCUUCCUGAUUUCUUUUUUUUUGCAUGUUUGUUACACUUAAAUGUUUUAGAUCAUCAAAAAAAUGUAAAUAUAGACAAAGUUCACGGCCAACGAUGUCCCUGGAAAAGUCCCAGAUUUUAGUGUUUUGUGAAUGAGAAAAUAAAUGUUGCAUUUAGAUGAGUAAAUAGGUUAUUACGUUAGUUGAGUAGGUACAAAGCACGAGAGAGCAUAUAGUAGAGAGUUGUCUGUGGUUAAUAAUAAAAUCUAUGCAAAUCUAGCUUUAGUGCACACCUCAUUCUAUGUUUUUGUCCUGUGUUCUUAAUUUGUGUGUAAAGUUCAAUGCAGUUUUGCACACAUUAUAGCUCUGCCUGUACAAUUGCUGAAACAGGUUGAAACAUGUAGCUGAUAGUGGUAACCUAUAUCCAGGGGUGAAAGUGUUUGAGAGCAAGCUCUUUAUAAGACUGUUGCUUUUUUUUACAGGAAUCUAUAUUCCUGCUUUACACAUUCAUGCCAUGGUCUUGUACAUUGUUCAUCACGCAGGAGAACUCAUAACAACAUGCAGAUUUUUUAAAGAAGUUGUGUAUUCUGCAUUAUGUUACUCUCCAACUGCAAGAAACCCGUUACUUGACUCAGGAUUGAUAUGAUUUAGGUAUUAUACCCUGGUGUUUUGUGAAUGCGAAAAAUAUGUGUGCAGCAUCUAUUUUAAUCAUUAUUAGCACUGCUACUAUUCAACUUCCUUUACCUUUUUUUUCAUCUCAGGGUAUAAAAUUUCUCCUCCCGGUUCCUCUCUUGAUACUUGUGUCUCUUUCUCUCCAGAGCCAGUAUUGUCCAAAAAAAAAUAAUUUACUUCCAAGAGGAAGGAUCUCUCACUAUACGACUAUGUGAAAAAGGUAAUGAUUGUCUCUCAUAAAUUGCCCAUCUUGGUACCCUUGACCACAUAUACAAAAGCCCAUCUAUGUCUUGAUAGCAGAGUAGAAAUCAUGAGCAACAAGUUUGAGAAAAGGGCCUCAGAGACAUAAAAGAAGAAGAAGAACUUUAUUUAAACUCAAUAGCAAAGAGUACGCAGGAUUCGUUUGAAGGGGUUUGUGUUUCUGUGUGUUGUUACAUCCAUGUCCUUUCUACUUUCAGAGCGAGUGUUUGGGGAAGCCACAGAAGCUCCUGGUAUUGAAUGCUGUGCUUGUGGGACAGCAAAGUACAGACUCACCUUCAAUGGCAACUGGUCAGAGACAGUACACCCAAAAGACUACCCAAGUGAGUGUAAUAAGACACAUUUUAUAUAAGCCCAUCGAAACCACAACUGCUGUUUCCAUGUCAACUAAGUAUGUCACUGAAAGGAGAGAUCUAUCACUGACUACUGACUGGUAGUUGCAUUAGACAGAAUCAGUUUGUUUAACAACAACUACAGCCUGUAUUCUGUGUAUGGCAUGUGACAAGGGAAGACAAAUUACAGUAAGAGGAAAUUAAGGCCAAAUAACUUUGCCAACCAAUCUGUGACAGGGAAAAACAAACAAAGAAGGCUUUUAAGUCAAAAACUGUGCUUACCAGCCAAUAAUGACUUUAAAUUAGUGAUGAAACUGGCCAGCAAGGUUAUUCAGUCAGCUGUGUUUACCUUCUUAAAGACUCAAUCAUUGAAAUUGUGAUAACUAAAACCUAAAUUUCAGUCUCUGUUUCCUUUAAGAACGAGCAAACCACUGGUCGGCUUUGAUUGGCGCGUCUCACGCAAGAAGCUAUGUGCUGUGGGAGUAUGGAGGCUAUGCAAGUGAGGGUGUCCGACAAGUUGCCGAGUUUGGUUCCCCCAUCAAGAUGGAAGAAGAGAUUCGCCAAAAAGUAGGGCUCUCCAAAUAGAACCUGCGCAGGUUCUCUGUCAAUGGUUUUCUAUGAAACAGCACUCUUUACAUGUUUGUCUACUCGUGUUCUGAUGCACACACUAGACUAUAGCCAAGGGACUCUGAAAAAUGCAAAUACACACAAAAAAGUUUAAAGUUCAUGGAGUUCAUAGAUAGACAGAUAAAAAGAUAGGUAGACAGAUGCUUUAUUAAUCCCAGAGGGAAAUUUAAAGAAACAGAGGCAGCACCAAUAAAACACAGUACACAUUCCACUAAUACUGUGACAAUACCUACACUAAGUAAUAAAUAAAACAGUCUAGUAACAUGACCAUAAUGCAGUAGUGCAGUGUUAAGAAGACAUAAUAAACAGUGCAAAUGGAUGUAGUAGUGCAAAAAUGCAGAUGCUGAUGGAUUGUUCAUGGAUGGGAUAUACUAUAUCAAGGGGGGGGAGGGGGGGGCAGUUCUGUUAGUGUGGGACUCUGCCCCUUCCCAUACAGGAAGUCUUAGUUUGGUGACCAGUCCAGCCUCUCGUCCAGAUGCAAUCCCAGGUAAUUUGUAGGUCCUGGUAGAAUCCACUUGGACACCAUCGAUGUCCACAGGCUGGAGGAGGGGCCUGGGCCUCCUGAAGUCAACCACGAUUUCCUUGGUCUUGGAGGCGAUGAUGUUCAGGUAGAUGGACUGACACCAGGGGCUCUAUUUUGGUGCCUCACCGGAGAUCUGCCGCAAGCGCAGCGUCAGUCAGAUCCGCUGCGCUGACAAGGCGUUCCCAAGCACAUUUUGGUAUUUUGGUGAGCCGCGCAGCCCGGCGUAAGUAUCCCCCCUCCCUAACUCAGCUCCUCCCAGCAGCAUAAGUCGUAGACGGGGAGGAGAGAGGGCGUGUAGUAGAUUUAACACAGCCGAGACCUGUUUUCACCAAUCACAUAAGCUCCUCUCCUUGCCUUUAAAUCCGCCACCGGCGAGGCGUAUUACUAUUUUCAUGAAGUAGUCAAAGAGAUCGAGAGAUGUCUGAAGACAGUUAUGCCACACGAUGGCGACAGAAGGCAGCUCCUCAACAAGUGUCCUCCACACUCUCUCAUCUUAGCACAGAUGGAUUUGGUGUGUGUAAUGUUGGACCCACUGGUAAGACAAACACCCUUUUCCACAAAUAAAGACACUCACAUGAAGUUGCUCAUAUUCAAACCUCACGUGACAAAGGUGGGUUGUGCGCAGAGAUCACAUCAUAAAUUCCAAUAAUGGCAUUAAAAUCGGAACCAUCUGUGCGUAAAUGACGCAUCGCACUCCGUGGCCUGGCUCUUUCUUUCAUAGAUGUUGGCAUAUAAAAUAAAUUUGGCUCACAAAACUGAAUAUUAUAAUAUCCGUAUGUCGGCUUAAAGUAGAUCACGCAUCUGAGCACUGAAACAAAUCAUCUGUUCAGCCGCAGCAGCAAGCAAGACGGACAGAGGACACGGAGACGUGUCCAGGUCGAGCUGUGCGAGAAAUAAGAGGAAGAAAGAAAAGGAGGGAGACACAUUACAUAUCUUGUUAACUUCAUCAUGUGUGUUUAUUUACUAGAUAUUUAACUUAAUUUGAUGCAGUUUCAGCUGUAUUGAUUCGGUCAGGUUGUGUGCCCAAACGCGUGCCAAACACGCUCAUCAGAUCAGAUAUUGAUCAGAAUAUAUCUAUAUAGAUCUAAAUGUAUGUGCUGACUCAGAUUAUUAGUUGUUGUUGAUUAUUUAUUGCACUGAAAUCUGCCUGACACUGUGGAAACCUGCCAGUGAGGCAUCAGUGACGUAUGUCGAUACGCCGCCGGUCUACCAAAAUACUACUAGACCAGCUGCGUUCCGCCUUGCGCUGAAAGCUGACCAGGUUUGAAUCGGCGAGCUUUCAGCGCACGUUACACGCCGGUGGCGAGCACGAAAAUGUCACUGCGCCAGCUGAUUCUGUCAACACCUCCCCCUGCCACGCCACCACGCCCAGCUUGGCGGAUCUCGGCUCGCCUCCGUGCGACUCAGUCCACGAAAAUACCAAACUCGCCUUACGCCGGGCUCCGCCAGACGAAAAUACAACUGCGCGGGGCUCGCCGCCCUCCGCCGCCUCACCGGCGCGAACGAAAAUAGAGCCCCAGGUGACUAAGUCAUGGGUGAGGUUCCUGUACUCUUCCUCCCGACCAUUCCUGAUACACGAUACAAUCACAUCUUGUGUAUUCUUCAGAAUACACAAAUGCUGUUUUCACGUUUGAGUCACAGAACAUUUAACUGCAAGACUAGCUGUUUCAAAGAGUUAAAGGGCUAGAGCUGUCCCACAGGUGUACGCAACAGCUGCAUAUUUGGUAGGGGCAGAAUGUUGUUUGUGUAUCUGUGGGUGGUCUAAAAUCUCAUUUAGUUCAGUCUGAGUGACACACAUGUAGGUGUAGUGGGCUGCUUAAGAUGGUUAUUCUCCAUCACGCAUGACUUCAAACUACGGAAACCAUGUCUUCCUUGGGAGAAAAAUAAAUCCUUUGUCUAAUUACAAGGGGUCUCUUUUUAGCCCCUAUCAGAUAUGCACAAGUUCCCUGAAAUUUUUCUGUACAGUUCCACAGGGAAAGCAUUCACCAGAGAGCCUUAACAUUGUCAACACUUGGGCAAUUUAAUGAACUCUAAAUUCGACUUUCCCGAAGCUUCCAACAGUUUUGCUGAAACGGUCAGACAGAUGAGAACUGUUCAGUACAUUGAUUAAUAAAAUUGUAGUGGGUGUAGGCGGUACAAGGAACACAGUCCAGAACACCCACUACCUCUGCCCUAACAUACAUAUUGUGGGUAUAAUAAUCACAUGUCUUAUCAUGUUUACAAAAAUUGAAAACUUCAACAAGCUUCUUCAACAUAGAAUUUGUUGUAGAGCUGUUGUUGGAUUGCAUUAAAUUUGAUUGUGUUCAUAAUGUUAUGGCUCGUUGGUGUAUUUCAAAUCCAGGGUCCUGGAACUUGGAGUGACAAGUGCCUUCAGCAUUACAAAACAAGGAUGCAGAACCUGUAGCUUGAGUUUAUGCUCUGUAGGUGCUAGAGGAUUUGGCUGAGCAGCCAUAGAUCUGUUUGUCCUGCCUAAUCUUAAGUUUCCUGAAACUUGAUCAGAGUUAAAUAACAGAGAAAAAUCUACUUUUAAAGAGACACUAAGGGAUGACUUACGAGCAGAUAAAAAACACACAGAAGCUUCUAAACAGUUAGUAUGUAAAGAAAAGUGACAACAAAUUAAUGAGCACAACUUUGGUACUAUCAAUGUUAACAAAGUACCACUCCUGAGGUCUUUAUCCUUUUUCCAGAUUCACAAUGUUAUUGGUCAUUUUGUCGAAUAAUAGCAUAAUUAUAAAAAUAUAUUUUUUUCUAGUUUUUCGACGUGUUUAUUUUUGUACAGAGCCAGACAUCCUGUUAACAUUGAAAUGUUUUCCAGUAAACACACAGGCUUGAUUUCAUUUAUUUAUUUAUUUUUAAUCUUCACCAAAGGUUCUCCUGUUUUUACGGUUGAUUCUUUGUAAAACUGCAACAUUAAAAGAAAAUAACCUGAAUCAGUAUGGGUUUAAAAGUAAAGCUAUUACAGGGUAAGUAUUAUAAACUAUUCCACAUAAUCCCAUAUACUGUAACAAAAGGCUGAACCAUACUGUAUUAAAACAGGACUACAGUGCUAGCUAGAAUGAUAAACCAGCAAGAGAGCUGGCUACUGCUGUGCUCGUCUGUUAGCUUGGAGAGCACAUGUAAUCUUAAACUUAAAACAAGCUUCAUUUUCAACAUAGAUUUUAAUAUGUCAGAUCUUUGAUGUUCUACAACAUGUUCAACAUGUGACAUAUGACAAAUGAGUCCUGUCACUUACUGUGCUUCAGAGGAGCAUGAGUGACAAAGAAAAUCCCUGACCAAUGCCAGUAGAUGGCACCACAAACUAAUGCAAUCAUUAUGAUAUGAUCCUCCUCCUUUUAACUGUAAUGGGCUGAUUUUAUACAUACAUGCAUACAUGCAUGCACAGACAGACAGACUUGUGAGGCUGUACAAAUUUAUCUUUAUGAUCCUUAUUUGUCUUGUUUAUUUUUUAUCAUGAAUAUUGUUGAAUUACCCCUUGUAAAUCUACCAAAAAAGGAUUUCUGUGCCCCCCUUAAAAAUACAGGAUGGAGCACCAAAGGUUGGAAAAGUGAGGUCUGCAGUCAGGUCUCAAUGAGGUGGUUGUUUUAUUAACCAAUAAAAUGUGAAGGAAAUCAACAAAAGCAACUAAACUAAGGUCUUGUACACACAUAGCGGUAUCCAACCCACAACAAAAACAAUACUGAUGAUUUAUAAGUUUUUUGGUUUUGAAAAGAGUGACAUAUUCUUAUUUUCUCUACAACUCUCAGCCUGAUAACUGUUUUUUAAAGUUUUUAUGAUAUCAUACAUUGGCUGUAUUAAUGAGACACAGAGUUUACAUCAAAUACCUUAAUAUAUGUGUACAAAUGAUGAGUAAAACAUUGUCAGGUAAUCAAUAGGUGUGAUGUGUGUUUUUAUUCAGUGGACAGAAUGUUUCAUGGUUGGUAAAACCUUUUUUUCUUUCUUUUUCCCCUUUGCUGUCAUUCUUGGCAUCCAUGAACAUAGGUGUGUGUUUAAACAACAAAUCCAAGUUUUCUGCUGGGUUCAUGAUAUGGUAUGGGAUUUAAUGAUGAGGAUUCUUGUGUGAACAUAAACGCACAGAUUCACAGUUUUUUCUCUUUCAUAUCUCCUUCUGUCUGCAGGGACAUGAAGUACUGACUGUCAUCAAAACAAAGGCUCAGUGGCCAGCAUGGCAGCCCCUCAACAUGUAAGUAUCACUUACUGUCACUAAUGUAUUUGUGUAAAACAUAAAAUUGGAUCCUAUAGGGAAAAAAAAAAAUUUAACAUGAAUUCCUAAAACAGUUGCUUGAAAUUAGCUUAACAUUUCAGCUGGUUACAAAACUUUGUUUGCCUCUGAGGCAAGAAAAAGAUAACAUCUUUGUGUAAUUUUUUUAAUUCUUAGUAUCUGUUCAAAUAUUUGUGUUCUCCAUGAGUUUGUAUUUUCCAGUUCAAAUGAACAUGUAAGUGUCACUGAUGGGUGCAUUGUGAUUUGAGGGCCAUUGUGGUGAGGGAAUCCUUCCCUGCAGUGAUUCAGAGUAGCUUAGCGGUAUACUGUAUUGUUUUUGUCAUUUUAUUUGUUUAGCAAUAUUGCACACAGGUAAGUUUUUCGUGAAAUUAACUAUAGACACAGAUGUUUGUCCCUUCUGGCUUUGUCCCCAUCAGUACUUGUGUGACGCUGAAAACUUUAAGAAUAUGUGCACUUACUACAAGGGCCCCUCAAUGCUGCCUGUUAUUCAGUAAUAAUUGACUUCUUCCUCCCUAUGAAUGAGCAAGGAGGGUAGUCUGGUAAGACAAUCAGUCCUGCUACCCAAAGAUCAGUAACCUUAUGGUUUUUUUUUUAACACUGAGUUAGGGUGACCAUACAUCCUGUUUUACCCGGACAUGUCCUCUUUUUGGGAAUUCAGAAUAUGGUCACCCUAACUGAGUAAGCUCAAGGAAGAGCUCUAACAUCAAGUGGAUAGAACCUGAUGAAGGUGUGUGGCGCUUGAUGCAGCACAAAUCUCUUAAAGAAAAGUCUCUCUUAAAAUCAGGCCCAUGAGAUAUGAAUAUGCCCCCCCUCCCAAUUAUAAUCAUAGUUAUGUAAUGUCCUUUAUCGUAGCCUAAACCGAGUCACUUCUGUGUGAUCUAUAGACAUUUUAGCUUGAAGCACUGCACUGUGUGUAAUUGAUGUCCAACAAGUGUUGUUAAACUGCAGGCUAUCUGGGUACCAGGUGCUCAACCAGAAAGUGCAAUCCCUUAUUUUUAAUAUAAGUACAGGUAUUUCUAUCCAGGAAAGUUCAUUCAGUAAUCUCCUCUGUUAUUUUCCACCCUUUCAUAACAUCACUUGGAAAGUGUCUCUCAUCUUUGCAGUACACUAAAACUGACAAAACUGACUGACACUGCUUUGUUUUGGGUCCUGCACUUGGAACAUGAGCUUUGAAAAUUUGGAGUAAACCUGUCUUUUAUCCAUUUGCUGCACUCAAGCAAGGAGGUCUACUGUAAAUAUUAAUUCUUACCACCCCACCCCCGUUUUUUUGUAAUUCUUCACCGUCACUUUGUCCUUGUCAUCAGGAGAGCAGCGCCCUCGGCAGAGUUUUCUGUGGACCGUACUCGUCAUCUGAUGUCAUUCCUCACUAUGCUUGGACCAAGCCCGGAUUGGAAUGUGGGGCUGUCAGGGGAGAACCUCUGCACCAAGGAGUGUGGCUGGGUCCAGAGGCUUGUGGCAGACCUCAUUCCCUGGGAUGCAGGCACUGAUGAUGGUAUUACAUAUGAGGUAACCUAUCUGAAUUAUACUGGUUAUUCAAAUGCAUCAUAACAACUUCACGUAUCAAAUCACAUUUGUCAUAUUGAAUCAAAGGUUACAGAAGACAAGACAGGAACUGUGCAUCUCCUCUCACUGCCUAUGUGUCAAGUUAGUCAGAUACCCAAGAACAGCGGUCCUCAACCUUGGGGUCCCGGCCUCUAUAGGGGUCACAAAAUAAUGUCUUUGGUUUUGCCAGAUUGACUCCACAAUGACUUGGUAAAGACUUUCUUUCUCCUUCUAGCUCAUAUGUGGAUCGAAUUAGGCUCCAGCAGGAUGAGAGUUCUAAAUGUAUCUCCACACAGCAUGGUGUGAAGAUGCUUGCAGUUUACCUCAGUCACAACAAAGCACAGAACUAGAGCAAAACGCUUGAAAACUCCAGAACUUUGUACUAAAAUAUAUGUUUUUGUAUUCUGAAAUAUCAUCUGUAAGAUGAUUUUUGCUUGGACCUUGUGACCAAGGGCAAAUGAUUUGCCGUUUGUGAAUUCACUGACACCACUGCAAACAAUACAGUAAGAGUAGAAUGCUUAUGAUCUGCUGAUGACUGGUGGUAUUUAAGUUGCAGUAUGAAUAGGCAGGCCAGCUGAGGCCAUAUUUACCUGUGACCAGAUCAAGGUGAUUCAAGAGCCCCCGCCCCCCACAGUUUUAACAAAUUCCAUUCACAUAUCACACAUCAAUGUAGCCAGCGGGAGGCAGGUUAGGGGGGUCAAGUGUUGUACCUAAGGACACUUCAGCAUGUGGACAACAAAUAAUAUAAAAAAUUACAAUAGUGCACUAAAGCAAUGAGCUGAAAGUCACUGAAUUUCUUUCCAGGUUUUUGGUAAUCUGCCGUCACAUAAUAUAUAUCCGUUGGUCUCAUCAAAAUGGGCAACACCUCCACUUCACACAGUAAUUUGAUUUGUUGUCCAUUUAAGUUUUGAUUGAAACAGCUCUGGUAUUUGCCCACAUAAUUAUUGCGUACAUUAUUUGUUCACAAACCCUCCUUUAUUCCUCUCUUACAGUCACCAAACCAGCCCUCCAUUCCUCAGAAGAAAAUUCGCCCUUUGACUAGUUUGGACCACCCCCAGAGCCCAUUCUAUGAUCCUGAGGGUGGGGCCAUUACUCCGCUUGCGAGAGUGGUUUUGGAACGUGUUGCUAGAAAGGUACAAUGCCUGUGUGUACAUGACUGUGUGUGUGUGUGUGUGUGUGUGUGUGUGUGUGUGUGUGUGUGUGUGUAAGUGUGUGUAAAGAGCAGUACUGGUGUCACAUGCAUGAUGUACUCUCUUGACUCUUGUGUGAUUGCUUUAAAAAAGUCCCUCAAGUCUCUACAUACCAGAGUCGUGUAAGAAGUGCUUAUGGACAGACUCUUUUGAGUAUACCACUGAACAAAGCUGUCAACGUCCUGGCCGUGGCUGAUCUUAUCCUUUUAAAGCAUGUUAACAAUAACAGAAUCAUCUGCAUAUCUGAUAGCAGAUCAAUUGUCAAGUCUGUUCUGACACAUUUGUUUUGAGGAGAAAGGUUAUAGAUAUUAGCUAGAUAGAAAGAAAGAUUAAGAAUUUAACAAGGCAAGAAUUCUUCAAUAACUUGUUAAUUCACACAGAAAGAAAAUAGUGGCAGCAAUCCAAAUCAAAUCAGGUUGACAGUCACGUUCUGUGCAACAAAAGCCCAGGCAGACCUCCUUUAACCCCCUUAGCCUCUCCUAUUUGGUGUAGUGAACUACACAACUUCACUUUAACCAUUUUAACUAGAAUUUGACAUCAUUCAACAUUUUUAAUUAUUUCUAGAAAAGCAAUCACAAGAGCCAACAUGUAUGCAUCCAUGUUUAACCACAGGACCAUUUUUGGUGCAAAAGUUUGUGUGUGUGUGUCUGUGUGUUUUUUUAUGAGUUGUCAGUGACUUUGGGUUUCCAUGUAUAUGCAGGGUGAACAGUGUAAUGUGGUGCCAGACACAAUUGAUGACAUUGUUGCUGAUAUUGAACAGGAUCAGAGGGAAGAAGGUAAAGUGAAUAAAUAAACACCCUUACAAACACACCAUUUUUGACUACAGCUGUUUGUCACUCCUAAAACGGAAUGCCAUGUAUUUCCUGAAAAAAGGCCCGAAGAAGUUCUCAAAUAUUCAUUCAAACACUCCCUUUUUAAUGGUUUAACGUUCGUUUAUUUAUACUAAUGAAAAAAGAGGGACAAAACCCCCUCUUUUUGAAAAACGCUUAUGCCAUGAUAUUAUGAAUCCAGAACCUAGGUUGUAAUUUAGCUGUCAUUAUUCUCUUGAGAAAGCCUAAGGUGUGGGUUAAUGGAGUAUAAUAGUAUUUUCACUAUUAUACUCCAUUAACCCACACCUUGAGGCCAGGUUCUGGCUCCCCACCUGUAAGAGGGGGUUAACUCCAAAAAGUGCCUCGUGAAUAUUUUUUGCAAAAAUGUAUAUAUUUAUGGAAGUCAGGAUUGAUGAGCUACCUGUUUGUCCAUUUGGAGGGGCUACAAACACAUUCCAUUCAGUUGAUACACCAGAUAUGAGGAUGGACUGGUAAAUGCCAGUGUCUGUGUUGCACAUUAGUACACUGACUUCUUUUACUUGAGUGACCUUGGGUAGGAAACAGUAUUCUGUAAGACUUGAUAGGCAAUCUGCUUUCUCAAUCCUUUUCUGUUUCUACCUGUGCUCUUUUUUUGUCCUUAAUUUCUGUAGAGAUGGCAAUCAUAAAUUUGGCUGGGAACCCAGCCCAUUUUAUUCUACUCAAACAUCAAAUGAAUUAUAGGUUAAAUCAGAAAUAUAUAUAGUUUAUUUAACUUCUCAAUAAAGAUUUCUUCACACGUCUCUUGUAGAUGACACUCCAGAGACAUGUAUCUAUUCAGCUUGGUCCCCCUGGUCAGCUUGUAGCAGUGCUACUUGUGAAAAAGGACGCAGAAUGAGGCAGAGGAUGCUAAAGGCCCAGCUUGACCUCAGUGUGUCGUGUCCACACACUCAAGAUUUUCAGCCCUGCAUGGGACCAGGAUGCAGUUUGGAAGGUAAACAAACACACGGUAGGAAUCCCUGCACCAACAGGAGGUGUGGAAAUCUUCUGUACUUUUAAAACAUUUGCUUCCACCUCUAAGGUGUUCUUAUAAAUUAAUUUUGGUUGCUACAAAGGGACUGCUAUAUGUAUAUAUAAUUAUAUAUAUAUAUAUAUAAGAAUGCGCAAAUGUCAAGUAUGUCUAACUGCACUAUCACUUUUUGGCUGCAAUAGAUGUAUGUUGCCCUCUCUUUACAGUAUUUCUGAUCUGAACAGAUUUGUUAAAAAAAACAUUGUGAUUACGACAUUUGGUCCAGGUGUCCAAUUUUUCACACUCUGAUUUUAAAUUUAAAAAAACUCUGAUGUUAGUUACUGCUGUCCUUUUCUUUACUUUGUUGUUCAUGUUUUAUGUGAUAAUAUGUUGUUGUUGGCAUGUUUCCCAUGUCAACAUCACUUUCACCUAGAACAUAUUAUUGUAACGUGUAUGUCUUUCCAAAAAUUUUGCCUGAUGGUUAACUUUUGCAAAACAGUGUAACUCCUCUUGUGCAGUUUGUCAGCUACCAUCAUCUAUCUAUCCAUUUUCUUCUGCCAAUCCAGGGUUGAGCUGCAGAGGCAGCAGUCUGAGAAAAUCCACCAAGGAUAUUUCCUACCCUAGCAACAUUUGCCAGUUUCUCUUAAGGGAUCCCAAAUCAGCUGGGAUACACAGUUCCUUCAGACAGCUCUUACCCCUAUAAAGGAAACCCAGGAGUCAUUUUUCUCAUAAGCCCAAACCGCUGCAACAGACUCCUUUUGAUAUGAAAAAGCAAUGGCUGUAUUUUGAGCUCACUCUUGAUGUCCACCCUCACUCCUGUUCCCUCAUUCAGAGUUGUAACAUAGACCAACUGGUAAACCCUAAGCUUUGCCUUCAAGCUCAGCUUCCUCUUUGCCAUGAUGGUCAGGGCAUUGCCUGUUGAUCUUAUGAUCCAUUUCACCCUCACUCAUGAACAAAACCCCCAUGAACUUGAACUCCUGCAUUUUCUGGCAGAGACCCAACACCUCGGACUUCAGACUUUUACAAUCUAGUCAAUAUUGUUUCUAAUUUACAUCCAAAGCAUUCUGACCAUGUAUGGCUCAAGAAUACCAAAUGACAGAAUAAUGUGUUAUCUGAUUUAGAGUUUAGUUACCACACAUACUCUUCACAGCACUUUUUUUCCAGAAGAAAUUCCAUUAUCAGAGUCCAAGUGGCUGAUCAUAGUUAUCAGAAAAGGGCUGUGUAUGUGUUUUGGUCCAGUCAUCCCACUUCAUGUCUAAUGUUCACCUGCAGAUAGGCACAUGUCUUACCUAUGUUAUGGGAAAGGGCUAAGAGGACUUGGCUUUGUAGGAACAGUACCUCCUUGGUGGUAACAUCCGCCCACUUGUGCUGUUUAGACCAGUGCAACCAGUUACAGGGGUUGAGCUGGAAUCAUGGGACACAACCUGACUCUCUCCUGAGAGCUUUAAAAUCUUUAGGAUUGAACAAAAUAGAUUGUGAGACUAGAUUGUGAAACUCAGUGUAUCAUCAGUCUCAAUUACUGCCUGAGUUCCUCACAUCCUGUUUCUGCAUUAGGAGAAAAUAUUCCUCACCCAGUGGUGGAUUUAGGUUCCUAGAUGAUUUUAUAUGGAUUGUGGUUUUGGUCAUGUGGUCCUCUUUCAGUUGAAUUUUUAUGCAGAGCAUGUAUUAAACCCAGUUGAGCAGAUUAAAUAGUAGAAUCAUCAAGGGAAAGAACAGUUUGUAAAAAGUCCAGACACAUUUCCUGGAAACCAUUAUCCCCAUCAAAAGUCAAUAAGAAACACACCCUUUUAAAUGUCUGAAACACCUGAAUCCAAGUCAUCGCUCGCCUAAAGGGAAAUCAGCCAAUGUUAGAUAAUUUACAAUUGGGCUUUCAUAAAAACUAUAAAGGUCAUUUGUGUCACACCUUGUAAUGAUUUAUUUCUUUGUUUCUUCAGCAACAUGAGAGAUAUUUUUGACUGAAUCAUGACAAAAGAGCUUCUGUGCUGAGAAAAUAGUAAUGGUGGUUAACUUGGUUCAGAGAGAAAGCAAAGCCCUUGUUCUCCUGUUUCCAUUAUCAGAACUUUUACAUUGUAUUUUAACUGGGAUUUUAAUGGAUGUCUCAGGCAGUGUGUAAUGAGAUAAAAAGGAUUGAUUGUUGAGUACAGCUUUGUCUAAAACAAGGGGUGGCACACUAAGUGUCUGUGCAGCAAGUCAUCGGUCUCUUAAUAUCAUUGUUGGUGGUGGAGGUUUCUUUUCUUCAUCAUAACGAUAUGACUUCCCCCUGAAGUUUUACUUCUAGUGGUGUCAGUGUGAUGCUCUUUUGCUGCAAGUACCAUCCCUUGAUUAUGAAACAGUACCACUAUACUUAAACCCAGAAGUCUGUUUUGAUAACUCUUCAUACAAUCUUUGCUUUUUCUCCUGACAAGAACCAUCAGCGUGUAUGAUGUCGGAGUGGAUCAGCUGGUCGGCCUGCAGUGUGUCCUGUGGGAUGGGAAUGAGAUCAAGAGAGCGAUAUGUCAAACAGUAUCCUGAAGAUGGUUCACUUUGCCAGCUCAACACUCAGGAGACAGAGAAGUGUGUGGUCAAUGAUGAAUGCUGUGAGUUUUCUUUUUAUUUAAUUUUACAAAGAAUUGAAAAAAAGUUCAACAAAGUAUAUUAAAGGGAUAUUCGGACGUAAAAUGAAGUUAGGGUCGAACACACCGUAACACUGAGUUAGACACCCCAUCGAGAGAUGAAUGUUGCCGCCCGCUUGCUUCUCUAGUUAUACCAACUUUAGUAACAACUGCACUAUACAGAAAUACACAGUGGUCUAUGUCUCCAGGAGCAGAAACCAAAAAGCCACUCUAUAGCCACAAAUAAUGCUCAGAACAGCACCUAACUUCAUCAACAAUACAUAUAGGGUCCCAGCCAUAGCACUAGCCACCAAACAUCUUUUUAACUUUGCCUAAUUUCAUUAGCAAAGAGACUAAACACAAUUUACCACUCUCCUGUUGUACAGAGACCUCGGGUGAGUCCAUCUACUGCAGCAGGGUGACGCAGCUCAAAGAAUAACAUUUAUGAUCAUUACUUUAUCAUUUCCUUGAAGUAAUAAUCACCAUAUUAAUCAUUUUGCACUGCAGACGCGGUAGUUCUUCUGCCUUAGCGUCUCGGUCUGAUUGCAUUUCCAUGAGGAAAUGAUCAUAAAUGUUCUUCCUUUAGCUGUGUCACCCCGUUACAGUUUGGUGUUUUGUUUGAGGGUGUGGCUCUCUGUAUUGCUAUCUGCGGUCGCUACUAAAUUUGAUAUAACUUGAGAAGCAAGCAGUUGGCAACGUUUAUCUCUCGACGAGGUGUUUUACUUGGUGUUAUGGUGUGUUUGACCCUAACUUUAUUUUACGCCAGAAUAUCCCUUUAAUGCCUGUUUGUAUGAAAAAGUAAAACCAGUACUGUAUCAACGCACAUAUAAGAUCACCCUGAUUACAGAAUACAGAUGUAUUUUAGUGGGGAAAAAUGUCUCAAUAAGGUAGUGAUGUCAAUAUGAGUAGCUCCCUUUUUACAUACAAAUUGAAAUAUAUAUAUAUGUAAAAUCAGUCUGUCAGUCAGACUAGUUUUAUACAACACAAUGUAACACACAGUGCUUUGCAUGAGCAUUGGUACAGCUGUAUUACCAUUAUGUUUAUGUUCUGUGAAUGCCACAAUUACCCACUCUGAGCCUGUACAAAACCAGGUAUAUUUUUUUAAGUGCAAUAUGAGGGACAUGACUUAAUUCAAAUGUGCAUCUUCUAAUAAUUUCAGUGUUUUGAAAAGUUUCUUUUUUUACUUAAGUUAGGUAUGCAUUUUCCUUCAACCACUAACAUGAUAUUGAGCCACUUGAUGUGGUAAAAAUAACUUUCGGUGUGAACAAUGAAGAGGGGGAUCAGUUAUGAUGAUAAUAAUUUUUUAAAGUCGAGUUCCAGUUUAAAGCGAUCAAGCCAAAGCUGGCUCUCACUCUAGAUACAUGACUCAAACACUUUUGUAUUUUAAAACUGUGUUUUUGGUAUUUGUCUUUGCCACAGCACCGAGCAGCUGCGUGGUGACUGAGUGGGGUGAGUGGCAACCCUGCAGCGUCACCUGUGGUCUAGGUAUGAGGAGGCGUGAGCGUAUGGUAAAGAUGCCUCCUAUAGAUGGUUCAAUGUGUAAGACAGAAGUGUCUGAAGUGGAGAAGUGCAUGAUGCCAGAGUGUCGUAAGUAUCAAAUAUUUAUAUGCUUUUAUUAAAAAGAAGUUGCGGUCGUAUUAAAUUCUUAAAUGUAUUUUGUACAGUGCUGAAUUACUGACUGUUAACCUUGAUACUUAGUUUGUGUUUGUUUGUAGACACCAUCCCUUGCAUGUUGUCACCCUGGUCUGACUGGAGUGACUGUAGUGUGACUUGUGGGCGGGGCAUACGAACACGUCAGAGGAUGUUGAAGUCCGAUCCUGCAGACUGCACUGAGGAGCUUGAACAGACAGAGAAAUGCAUGCUGCCUGAGUGCCGUGAGUAACAAACUACUGCUCUGCAUUACCAAAGUUCUAAUUACUAUGAACAGCAAGGUCAACAAAGGUUAGUUUGUAACUAGUAGUGAUGGUUAGAUGAUACGCCAGCAACAAAAAACAAGAAGAGAACAGAGCCAACAUGGUAAGAUCUGCACUACCUUUUUAAAAAAGAGCUGACUGUAUUGACAUCUUUCAGUAGAUUGGUAGUCAGAGUUUUACACAAGAAUGUUGAUGCUUUAAUCCUUGUGGAUAAAUAUUUAGUCUUAAGAGGACUGUUGGUAAGGCAACAUAAGGUGCUUUUCAACCAAAAUCACCCAAACUCAUUUUCAGGGACUUGUCUCUCAGGAACGUAAUAGUUCCUUUGGCCCACUGUUGGUUGCAUUUCCACUUGGGGCCUGAAGUCCUGGAUAAAUAAUGCUAAAAAGGCCAACAACAUCCAGGGAUGGAUCCAGGAAAUGAAUUUGCUUGCACAGUUCCUAAUUUGAGUGUUUUUUGUUUUUAAAGCUGUAUAAUACAGCAAGUAAGCUGUAUUGUUAAAUAACACCAGGUUACUGGAAAUAUUUUCUCUUGUACAAUUGUCAUUGGUGCCUCUACCUGUCUGCACCUGUCUCUGCUCUGCUGGUGUCUGUGUGUUAAUUAUGUACCAGCUUAUAUUGUAUAAAUGAGCUUGUUUCUUGAUAAGACUAACUGCUGAUUCUGUUGUAACAUCUCUGAUAUGGAAGAAAUUAACAUAAAAGGGGUCAAAAUUCAUGUAUGUGGAUAGUAGGGCUGCACGAUUAAUAGAUUUUAAAUCCUUAUCAGAUUAUUUGAUGAUGAUGUCAUCGAUUUUCCUCUCUAUCAUGUCUGGCGCCUCCAGACCAUUGUAGACUCCCCUUUCCUUCAAGAGUGCUCCCCAGAUCCCACACACACCAUUGUAAACAAACAUGGAUAAUUUCAUGGCUAAAUAGGGCAAGAGCAAGUCAACUGUGUGGAAUUGGUACAAGUUUUGGACAAAGAGCAAAUCACUCCCCGCUGCAAAGUCUGUCUGAAGGCGGUAUCAACCUGGUCUACACAGAAACGAAUUCAGAAGAAAACGCAAAGGUUUUUUGUUGUAUCUGUGUUUUAUUGACACAGAAACCGUGUUUCAGGUGACUGUAAAUGGUACUUUUUGAAAAUGGAUCAGAGAGUGCAUAAAUCCGUAAAUGACGACCAUUUCAUCUCCGUGUGGAUGCCUAUCUGCAUCUUUCUUGAAACGAUUAUGUCACACACAGCGUAACUCUUUUAUGGCGCAUGUCUGGCAAAAGCAACCGUUGUAUGUAUGCUCUGUACUCUUCUUCUGUCUUUUGUGCAUUUCCUUGGCAGCGUUACUGGCUUGGCAUAUGCACUACAUCGUUUUCAAUGGUUUGGUUUUAAGAGGUGAUAGAAAAACUUAUUAAAGUGACGUUUGGUGAAGUUGUCACUGAGAAGUUGUCACUGAAUAAAGAAAUUAAAUUGAAUUUUCAGGGAAAAAAUCAAGAUUUUAUUUUUGGUUAAAAUCAUGCAGCUCUAGCGCAUAGCUUACAAAGUGAAAAAAAACAAAAAACACAAAUGCAUCUGUAGGUGCCCUUCAGUUUAGGGAAACACACACAAGACUUGGAGGCAGGCAGAUGGCUUCUGACCAAAUAAACAUUACAGGUCAGGGCCUUUGACAAAACAAAAACACAGAGGUUCAGGAAACACAGAGCAAAGUGUGGUAUCGCUCUUCAAGAUGUUCCAAAUUUUAUCCAUAAUCUGUUUAAUGUCAUAGGCAAUGUUGCUGUAUUUUGUGGAGAAAUAGACAUCAAUAAUUAUGUCAGUGUGCGUCUUGGGGGUGAUCUACUAAAUGUGUAAAUGACUUUAGUUGCACAGACUGUGGGGGCAGUGGUAUUCAAAUAAGACAAAUGAGUAUUAUGUGAAGGAACAUAUUUAAAAAAUAAACAUACAAAACGUACUAGUUUAAGAGAUGUAAUCCUCAGGGAACUAUAGAAGUUCAGGUGUACAGGUGCAUUGAAGUUUGGGCAGGUUAUUUAACUCACAGGGCUCUAUUUUCGUGCCUCACCGGAGACAUGACAGUAAUGCCACACGAUGGCAACAUAAAGCAGCUCCUCAACAAGUGUCACUGUAAGUGCUGCAUUGGGUCUCCUCCACACUCUCUCAUAAGAGCACAGAUGGAUUUGGUGUGUGUAAUGUUGGAGCCACUGGUAAGACAAACACCCUUUUCCACAAAUAAAGACACUCACAUAAAGUUGCAUAUAUUCAAACCUCACGUGACAAAGGUGGGUUGAGCGCACAGAUCACAUCAUAAACUCCAAAAAUGGCAUUAAAAUCGGAACCAUCUGUGCGUAAAUGACGCAUCGCGCUCCGUGGCCUGGCUCUUUCAUUCAUAGAUGUUGGCAUAUAAAAUAAAUUUGCCUCACAAAACUGAAUAUUAUAAUAUCCGUAUGUCAGCUUAAAUUAGGUAACUCAUCUGAGCACUGUCUAUUUACUAGAUAUUUAAUUUAAUUUGAUGCAGUUUCAGCUGUAUUGAUUCGGUCAGGUUGUGUGCCCAAACGCGUGCCAAACGCGCUCAUCAGAUCAGAUAUUGAUCAGAAUAUAUCUAUAUAGAUCUAAAUGUAUGUGCUGACUCAGAUUAUUAGUUGUUGAUGAUUAUUUAUUGCACUGAAAUGUGCCUGACACUGUGGAAACCUGCCGGUGAGGCAUCGGUGACGUAUGCCGACACGCCGCCGGUCUACCAAAAUACUACUAGACCAGCUGCGUUUCGCCUGCACUGAAAGCUGACCAGGUUUGAAUCGGCGAGCUUUCAGCGCACUUUACACACCACUGGCGAGCACGAAAAUGUCACUGCACCCGCUGAUUCUGUCGACACCUCCCCCUGCCACACCACCACGCCCAGCUUGGCGGAUCUCGGUUCACCUCCGUGCGCCUCAGUCCACGAAAAUACCAAAGUGGCUGUACGCCAGGCUCCGCCAGACGAAAAUACCACUGCGCGGGGUCCACCACCCUCCGUCGCCUCGCCGGCGCGCACGAAAAUAGAGCCCACAGACUUUGAGAAAUCAGGUCCCUAAUGUUUGGAAGAUUCUUUUAUGUGGCUGUCACCGAGGUCACUAACUCAUUUAGAGUAUAGACCACUUAGCCUGAUGAUAACUUUUGAUUUUGCUUUCAUUAAUUUGUUCCUAAGAAAUAUGUCAGUUUGUUUUGCCAACUAUCUUUACUCAUUUCCUGUUUUUGUUUUUUUCUGAUUUUUUUUCUCCUGUUCUCCGCUUUUGUUCAUCUUUUCAGCCGUUGACUGUAUGGUAUCUGAAUGGUCCGAGUGGUCCGAGUGUAACAAGUCCUGUGGAAAAGGACACACCAUUCGGACCCGUAUGCUUAAGUUGGAGCCUCAGUUUGGAGGUCUUGCUUGUCCUGAGACAAUCCAAAGGAAGAAGUGCAAGAUCAGAAAAUGCCGGACAAAAACGAGGGGGGGGAAAGGAGGUGGAGGAGAAGGAGGAGGAAAUAGAAGGAGGCGUGGUAAACAAGGAGCAGACACAGCAGUUGAAGAGCAGCCAGGUUUGCUGAAAUGAUCUGUUUUGAUGUCACUUAUGAAUAAAGCUGCUAUUUGAGACCAUAACAUAGACGCGGUCCUGUGUUUGUUCCUUAAGGUUGUAGACUACAGCCAUGGACCAGCUGGACAGAGUGUACCAAACCAUGUGAAGGAGGAAUUCAGGAACGCUUCAUGAUGGUGAAGAAAAAAGGAAAAGGUGCUCAAAUGGCAAGCUGUAAGGACCGAAAAGAGAUCCGUGGCUGUAAUGUUAACCCUUGCUAGCAUGGACUUAAAAUUAAGGGAAGAAACAUGACCACUGGAUGAGUCCAUGACUCUCUGUAUGGAAGGGAGGAGAAGUUGGGAUAAGGAUUAUUACUUUGUUACACCAGGUAAGUGUUACGUAAGUAGAAAGGGUGUAAAAAGAAAGUAGGAUGGAAUAAGGUGAAGAUGAUGGCGUUCUGUUUGGAGAAGCCAUUGUUGACUUUUAAGACUGACUUUUCUUAGGGACCUAAUGAAAGAAUAAAGGUGCAAUUUUUGUGUUCUUCAAAAACAAAACGAAAAAAAGGAAAAGAAAAAAACGUGGAGAAAUGUCAAACAAAGAUGUUAACUAUGGUAACUUCACUGUUAAGCAUAAUCGCAUUUUAUCCUGUAGCUACUGUGUGUGCACAAUUAUUAGGCAGGUUGUGUUUUUAAAGGGUUAAUCUUAUGACUGAACAAUCACAGAGAUCUCAGUCAAUCCAAAAUGUCAGUACUGAUGUACUCAAGAUAGUAAGAGUGAGGCUCGAAGAAUAUAUCUGUAUGUACAAUUUCCAUGUGAUUAGUAGUGUGCAGAAUUAUCCUGCAACUAAAUGAAAAUUUUCUCUGCUCACAUGUUUAUUUUCAUCUGUCAAAGUGAGAAAAGUAGACAACUUAAAAUUCACAAAUAAACAUUUCUGAUAUGGAAAAAAACAAAACAAAACAAAACAAACAAACAAACAAAAAAAAACCUGACCACUAAAGCCACUCUUCUUUCAAAAACAGGCAUAAGCCACCCGUUCGUGUCAGUUUCUUCUAAGAUGCAGAUUUUUAUCUGUAACCCUGCUUCAAAAAAGUGUCUUCUACAACUGGCAGUAGGUUUGGGAUUUGAUCUUGAGUCCAUCUUCAAUCGGAAAAGGUCCAAGUGGCUCAUCUUUAAUCACACCAGCCCAAACCAGGAACCUGACCUUCACUUUGCUUGUAUCUAAAUCAAAGUGGAGCUCUGUACCCAUUAUAGACCAGGCCACAGGCCCAAUCAAGAGUCUCUCUCAACUCAUCAGGCCAUAAAACCUUUGAAAAUCUGUCUCAGCCCAGUCUUGACGUUUCAUCUUAAUGUCUCAUUCAGUGGUGGUCUGGUUUCAGCCUUCCUUACCUUGGCCAUGUCUCUGGGCACUGAAAAACUUUGACUUCUGGGCACUCUAGGUAGGCUGCAGUCUUGAAAACUGGGUUCCUGGUUGCUUCACUUUGUUUUUUCUCAAAGUUUUAGCUGUAUAUUUGUGUCUUUUUAUCUCACUAGGUUUCUAGAACACGUGUUUGAUAUUUGCAACUAAAUAUUCAAUGGUUCUGUGAACAUUCCCAAAUAUCUUAGCAGUUUCUACAGUGCUGCAUCCCUCUGAAAGACUUUACAUUUGUUGACCUUUCACAGUCAGUUAAAUCUCUUUUUUUGGCCCAUUUUGCCUGAGGAAAAGAAGCUGCCUAUUAAUUAUGCACAUCUUGACACGAGGAUGUUGAUCUCCACACUCUCCAUCACUAGACAAAUACACACCAUCUAAGAUGCUUAAAUUUAAUAAAAUUCAAGUUUAUGCAACUUGGACUUUGAAAUCUGCAUAAAAAUGGUGAUCUGGUGAAAAUACUCACUUGUGUAAUGAUUGUGCACGCAGUGAGUCUACAGAAGUUGGAUCCCUGUGGUUUUGAAAACAGGUCAGCUUUUUUUUUAUUCUUUACAAAGUCUGUGCUUAUUUUCUCUGGAUAGAAUAUCCCCAGGGAUGUGGAGUUAUUGCACACAUCUGCUUUCUUCUGUGCCACACCAAGAUGCCUUUUCUUCAUUCUUUGUGCCAUACAAGCUUACUUUUGAAAUACUGUUACUGCAAUUGAAUGAAUAAGUGGUUCUUGUUUUAGCAUUUCCCAAUCAGUGGUGUUACCACCCCUUUGGGCUAUAAUUACUCCUUGUUUACAGCUUGAAUUUAGGAAACUCAAGAAUGUGUGAAAAAAAAGGUACCAAGCCUGUGGAGACAGUAUUAACUUGGAGAUUGAAAAAAAAAGGUCCAAUUUCUGCUAAUUGAAGCACAUUAAACAGAGGCAAAAUAACAUUAGCAGCUUGAUAAAUGCUUACUUAAAUUUAGGCGUGUCUGUGGUUGGUGGAGCAAAAGUAAAGAGGUACUUUUAAAAAUUGCCACAUACUCAUAUGAAUCAGUUGUGUAAAAUCAAUGAACUGUCACCCCAUGAGGAAUAUUUUAACGGUGUCUCUUUUUAGAAAAUGCAGGAACAGACAAAAACUAAUGGCCUUUAUAAAUCCUAUUGCUGUCCACCUACUGGAGUAUGAAACGAGGAGGAGCUCCUUCUCAGUGAGAGGAUCUAUGUUCAUACCAAGGUGAUGAUGUUUUGUUGGGCACUCUGCCUUUUCUGCUGAUAAUAUUCACCUACAACAGCUGUAUAUGACUGUAAAUGACUGUAUCUGCCUCUGUUGGUUUCUAAAACCACAAACAGGGAAGGCCUUUGUAGUGUUUUGUUGUUACAUAAAAUGCCAGGCAGCACAGAUGUAGAGCUGUGGUGGCAACAGGCAUUUUUUGAAAAAAAAAAAAAAAUGUAUUUACAAUAUUAAAGAUCUGUAGACCACCCCCCACCACCACCACCCCAAAAAAAAUAAAUAAAUAAACAACCUUUGUUUAAGUUACUAACUUUUAUUGGGCUUUUCUUUGUAUUCCCAUGGAGAGAGUGGUCAGUAAUUUUCCUUUCGUAUGUUUUAGCAGUCAGUGAUGUAGUCUGUUAUUUCCUUAGGAGAUCAUCACCAAAUUUCUAUUUUGUGAAGAUAUUUAUAUGAUUUCAUGAAAUUAGUUUGUUUCACAUUGUAUUUUUCUGGCAUUUUUUUUUUUCAUUUUUUUAAUCUCAUUGCCUCUGCUUCCCUAACUGUCCAAGAAAUCUUUUUUUUUUUUUUUCCAAUAAAAAUUAUUAAUGAAUCACAA